GGAGGUUGAGGAGGUUGAGGAGGUUGAGGAGGUCGAGGAGGUGGAGGAGAAGGUCGGAGAAAGACGAAGGAUGCUGUACUGAUCGGAAUCACCGAGUUGGACACUAACGGCCUCGCGGCAGCGGCGGGAACAUGAGCUGAGCCGGCCAGCGAUAUGUCGGUUGGCUGGCGCGCGAUAUCCGCAGGAAAAGUGACGACGAGUCCGUCGGCAGGGCAAACGAGUCGGACGCUGUCAGCCCGGAGAGUCGAAGCGCGUCGAGAGCGGGCAGCCUGAGAUAGCGAACGAGCUCAGGACGCGACGAGUGCCGCGACCUAAAAAGAAGACUCUUCUUCAUCCAAGGACGAUGUGCACGAGGAGACGCGCCCCGGAUACCGUCACGAGAUGCAGCAGCCUCGGGUGAUCGGGCAGCUACGUAGCGGUCGUAGCGCCAGCACUGGUCUCGAAGAUAUUCUCGGGGAGUUAAGCCGUCGAAGAUGCCGCGACCUUCGCGCGACACGUACGGCGACCAGAAACCGCCGUACUCCUACAUCUCUCUUACGGCAAUGGCCAUUUGGUCAUCGAGGGACAAGAUGCUGCCGCUAGCCGAGAUAUACAAGUUUAUAGCCGACAGGUUCCCAUAUUAUCGGAAAGAUACGCGACGAUGGCAGAAUUCGCUCCGGCACAAUCUUUCCUUCAACGAUUGCUUCAUUAAGGUACCGCGUGGGCCUCACAGGCCCGGCAAGGGCGCCUACUGGGCCCUUCAUCCCGCGGCCCUCUCCAUGUUCGAGAACGGGAGCCUCUUACGGCGUCGCAAGCGCUUCAAGCUCCACAAGCCCGACAAGGAGCUUCUAAAGUCCGAGCUCCAGGCUCUGGCCUCGGCGAUGCCACCGCCGCGCGCCGACCUCGCCGGACCCGGGGUCCUGGGCCCCGAGCACCCGUCGGGCCCGGGACCCGGGGCCGGCGGCCUCAGCCCGGCGAAUCUCCACCGGCUCCGCGAGGACCUCAUGCGCUGGGAGAUGCAGGAGAGGCGGAUGAUGCUCGCGGCAGCGGCCGCUGCGAGCCAGGCCCUGCCCGCGCCACCGGCCCCCGUCGGCUCAGCCCUCGGCUGCCCGAGCUACUACCUCCUGAGUCCGGAGGCGCGGCAGCGGCUGGCCGAUGGCGCGACAGCUGAGCCACCUCUCCUUCAGGGCGCGGCAUCCUGGAGUUUCUCGUCGAGCUUCGGGGCCGCGGGUGGUGGCUAUCCCGGUGAGAGUGAGGCCGCGGUAGCGGCCCUCAACUUCCGCGAGGCGAGCUCGUAUUACGCUCGGGAGAGGCUAGAGGAGGAACCACCGGCUACGGGCCCCGGGGGCUACGGGAUGGGCCUCGUGUUGGAAGCGCCGCCGGUCGCGGCCUCCGCGGCGUCCGGUACCGCCGGCCUCCUCGCUCGCCAGAUCGCCAAACGGGCCAAGAAGCCCUUCACCAUCGAGAAUAUCAUAGCGCCGGACGAGCGGCAGGACGAGCGCCAGGAGGAGAGCGCCCGGGAAGAGAAGAGGCUCGUUCUCUCGAUGCCCCGGCCGAUCUACGCAGCGGGCUUUGCGGUACAGCCGAGCCUUGGCGACGGGGCGCACCAGAGGCCGAGCUACGGGGCGGCGACCUGAUGGAACGGAGGAUGGCCGCGCGAUCCCCGGCUCGCUCGGCCGGGCCUAGCGAAUUUUAUUUAUUUGAAGGCGAUCGGGCGACACGCGUUCCACAUUCCCGAGGUUCCAGC